AAUGACCCACACGAGGGACUUCACACGUGCCAGCAUCUGAACUCGCGCGUCUGCCCUUCUUGUCCGUGAAGCUGUAAGCUUUUGCCAUUUGCCUUUCCUUUGCCUCUCUCGCCAUUAUUCAUUCGCCACUUUCACCAACCGAACCUCAGUUCCAGCAACUGCACCAUGAGAAGAUUUUCUUCGACCAUCUUUCACUUCACAUCACAGGCUCAAUCUCUUCGCCUCGGCUCUCCUCCUCCAUCUCCUCUUACUUGACUCGAAUCUAUUUUGUGGUAUUCUCAGAUUUACCAGUGGGAUUGUUCGACGAUGGAGUCUUGUGAUUGCUUUGACACACAAUGGCCCGCUGAUGAACUUCUUGUGAAAUAUCAGUAUAUAUCAGACUUCUUCAUUGCCCUUGCGUACUUCUCCAUUCCUCUGGAGCUUAUUUAUUUUGUGCAAAAGUCUGCAUUCUUCCCAUACAGAUGGGUGCUAAUGCAGUUUGGUGCUUUUAUUGUUCUUUGUGGAGCAACCCACCUAAUAAACUUGUGGAUGUUCUCUAUGCACUCCAAAACUGUUGCUGUGGUGAUGACCAUCGCCAAAAUUUCUACCGCUGUGGUAUCAUGUGCAACAGCUCUGAUGCUUGUCCACAUUAUUCCUGAUCUGUUAAGCGUUAAAACUCGGGAACAUCUUCUAAAGAAUAAGGCUGAAGAGCUGGACAGGGAGAUGGGCCUUAUCAUGAAGCAAGAAGAAACUGGUAGGCAUGUUAGAAUGCUGACUCAUGAAAUUAGAAGCACGCUUGACAGACAUACCAUUUUGAAGACCACUCUUGUUGAGCUGGGUAGGACUUUAGGCCUGGAGGAGUGUGCAUUGUGGAUGCCAUCACGAACUGGUAUGACUCUGCAACUUUCUCACACACUAAGCAACCAAAUACCUGUUGGAAAAGAUGUGCAAAUAAACCUUCCUAUGGUUAACGAAGUCUUCAAUAGCGCGGAAGCAAUACGGAUACCAUAUUCAUGCCCACUUGCAAGGAUCAGACCAAUUGUGGGAAAAUAUGGACCACCUGAUGUUGUUGCUGUCCGGGUGCCUCUUUUACAUCUUUCUAAUUUCCAAAUUAAUGAUUGGCCUGAACUCUCUGCAAAAAGUUAUGCUGUGAUGGUUUUGAUUCUCCCUUCGGACAGUGGUAGAAAAUGGCGUGAACAUGAGUUGGAGCUUGUUGAAGUUGUUGCAGACCAGGUAGCUGUUGCUCUUUCUCAUGCAGCGAUUCUGGAAGAGUCUAUGCGAGCCCGUGAUCAGCUUAUGGAGCAGAAUGUUGCUUUGGAUCUUGCUCGACGAGAGGCAGAGACAGCAAUUCAUGCUCGCAAUGAUUUCCUAGCUGUUAUGAACCAUGAAAUGAGGACACCUAUGCAUGCAAUCAUUGCUUUGUCUUCAUUUCUUCUAGAGACUGAAUUAACUCCAGAACAAAGGGCAAUGAUAGAGACUGUAUUGAAGAGUAGCAACCUUUUGGCAACACUUAUUAAUGAUGUUCUAGAUCUUUCUAGACUUGAAGAUGGUAGCCUGGAACUAGAUAUUGGAACAUUUAAUCUUCAUGCGGUGUUGAGAGAGGUUGUUAACUUGAUAAAGCCCAUUUCAUCUAUAAAGAAGUUAUCAAUGACUUUGAUUUUGGCACCGGAUCUACCUGAGUGCGCAGUUGGUGAUGAGAAACGGCUUAUGCAAACUCUCUUAAAUGUUACGGGCAAUGCUGUGAAGUUCACAAAGGAGGGUUAUGUUUCGGUUAUCGCAUCUGUUGCAAAACCAGAAACUUUGAGAGACUGGCGGACCCCUGAAUUUUAUCCAGUGCCCAGUGAUGGCCACUUCUACUUAAGAGUGCAGAUCAAGGAUUCUGGCUGUGGUAUUACCCCCCAAGAUAUUCCACUCCUUUUUACCAAAUUUGCUCAAUCACGAAAUGGAUCUAAUCGAACUAACAGUGGUGUUGGCCUUGGACUCGCCAUUUGUAAACGGUUUGUAAGCCUCAUGGGUGGUCACAUUUGGAUUGAAAGUGAGGGGCCGGACAAGGGCUGCACAGUUACAUUCGUCGUCAAGCUCGGCAUUGGCAAUAAUCCAAAUGAACCAUCAGCGCAGGCAGCUGUACCAAGGGGUCGAACAAAUCACGGAAGUGCAGAUCUUGCCGGACAUAGACCGGUCUUUAGAGAGAAUGCUAGAGUUGCUUCCCCCUUCCCACGUUAUCAAAGGAGUCUUUAGAUGGCCCCCAAUGGAGCAGAUGAUCCGAGUGCCAAGGUAUGCAAGGACUUUACCUUCUUUUUUUGGAUGCCAUAAGAGGGUAGAAGCAAGUGGUAGUAUUUGUGGAAUCUCAGCAUCUGAUAAAGAGAAAACAAGGUUGGUUGAAGCAGAAUGUAAGAGCAAGAUGUUAAGCAAAAGCAACCUACGAAAUUAGUUAAUCAUGUCAUAUUUUUGUUGGAUGUUAA